AUGCCCACGAUCUUCCUCACCGGUGCCACUGGCUACAUUGGUGGUCAAGCCCUCGCGACACUGUUCAAAUCCCACCCAGAAUAUGCCAUUCGAGCCUUGGUCCGCGACUCCAGCAAAGCUCAGGCGCUCUCUUCAGCUUACAGCAAUGUCCAAGCCGUCGUUGCUGACCUCGACAACACCGACGUAGUAGCGAAGGAGGCCGCGGAUGCUGAUGUCGUCCUCCAUCUGGCUUCCAACAGCCAUAUCAAGAGCGUUGAAGCCAUCCACGGGGCCCUCAAGGCCAGAACAGCCAGCGGAAAAUCUGCUCACUGGGUGCAGGUCUCUGGCGCCAGCGCUUUGGCAGCUGCCGAGAUCGCAGACACGAGCCGUAUCCCAGGCUCACCCAGCGAGGCGGUUUUCGACGAUCUCGAUGGUGCGGCCGAUAUCCGCUCCCUCAUUCAGAAGUUCCCCAGUCGCGUCGUAGACAACUUCCUAUUCAAUGCGGCUACCGAGACCCCCCAGAUCAAGACUGCGAUUGUCUUCCCGCCCAUCAUCUACGGCCCUGGAGAGGGGCUGUUGAAGCAGCGCAGCAUCCAAAUUCCCGAGCUCGCCAAAUCUACGUUGAAGCGGGGUCGCGGCCUGCAGGUUGGCAAGGGCCUCAGUAGGUGGACUGACGUGCACAUUCACGAUCUGGGGGACCUGUUCAAGCUUCUUGUGGAAAAGGCUCUCCAGGGCGACAGCGGCGAGCUAUGGAAUCUAAAUGGCCUCUACUUCCCCGGCGUGGGUGAACGGUCCUUUGGCGAGAUUUCCAAGCUGGUAGCUGUCACCGCCAAGGAGAAGGGGUUCAAUGCAACCGACGAGGUUGACGAGGUGCUCGGAAACGACGCCGACACACUGCUCCCCAAAGGCACCGUCUUCUUCGGCACCAACGCCCGAAGCAAGGCGACGAGGGAAAAGAAGCUUCUUGGGUGGGCGCCGAAGCAUGCAGAUGGACUCAGGGCAGAGAUCCCAAGGGCAAUUGAGUCCGAGGCCAAGAGUCUGGGCCUCUCCAACCUGUGA